AUGAGUAAUGUUUAUGAUAUUGUUGUAAUUGGAUCAGGUGUUUCAGGUUUAAUGUGUGGUUAUAAAUUAGAAAAGGAUGGAUAUAAAGUUUUAGUUGUUGAAGCAAAUAAUAUUAUUGGUGGUAGAACUAGACAAGAUUUUAAUUUUACAAGUUAUCCAGUUGAAUUGGGUGGUGAAAUGAUUCAUGGUGGUGAUACAUUAUAUUAUCGUUUAGCAAUGGAGAAUAAAUGGGAACUAUUUGAAGUAUUCUCAAUGGAUUUAUUUAAUUCACCAAUUAAUUCCACUUAUUUAUAUUUAGGACGUGAAAGAAAAUUAAUUAGAGCAGAUCAACGUGAUGAAGAUAUUCAAAAGUUGGCAGAUGCAUUGGUUAGUUUAUCUGAUGAAAUUGAUAAUCCAAAUAGAGAAAUGAAUCUUUUAGAGCAUUUAAUUAAAAAGCAAGUACCAUUCAGAGUGUUGGGUUUGGCCGAUGCAAUCUACUCAAAGACAUGGGCAACUGAUCUCGAUAGAAUUGGUGUUAAAGAAGCAGCAAGAGAAGAUAGUAAACCAAACACAAUUCCAAACAAUUACAAAGUUCAACAAUCUUCAAAGAUUAUGUUGGAUCAUUUUUCAAAAUCAUUGGAUAUUAACCUCAAUUGGAGAGUUAAACAUAUCGAUACCACAAAGGACGAGAAAUUGGUUAAAGUCACCUCCUACAACGGUCAAGUGGUUCAAGCCCAACGUGUGGUCGUAACUGUGCCACUACAAAUCUUAAAAGAUGGUGAUAUCACCUUCACCCCAGAAUUACCAGAGAGAAAGAAAAUCGCAAUUAAAACCAUCGGUAUGGACGGUGGUAUGAAAAUCAUCGCUAAAUUCAAUAAAAAGUUUUGGUUAAAUAAUUGUCAAUUGGUUCUUUGUGGUGAUAGUCCAGUACCUCAAAUUUGGAUGGACGGUCCACCAUAUCGUCCACUCGUUCCUGGACAACCUUCUGAAUAUGUUUCAGUUGGCUUCAUCACUGGUGACCAAGCUAAAGCCAUCAGUGCUCUAUCACCACAAAAACAAAUUCGUACUUUCCUCGAUCAAUUAGAUGCUAUGUUUGGUACUUCUGAAAAUGGUUGGACACCUGCCUCUGACUCUUUUAUCUCACAUAUGGUUUAUGAUUGGCAAAAGAAUCCAUUCGUACGUGGUGCCUAUUCUUAUCCAUCAAUUAUUCCUUCAACUUAUCCAUAUAAAAAUUAUCCAAAUGAAAUUUUAGCAGAGCCUAUUGAUAAUAAAUUAUUCUUUGCAGGUGAAGCAACAGCUACAACAUACGAUCUCUCAACUAUAAAUGGAGCUCUUGAAACUGGUGUUAGAGUCUAUGAAGAAUUAAAAACUUCUUUACCAAUUUCAAACAAGUUACAAUCAAAACCAAAAAUGUAA